AUGGGUUCACUGCCAAAAACUUCAAACGACAAGUCAGAAGCAGAGGCGGUUCUCGGUACAAUCAGAGAGCUUUUGUCUGAAUACGAUUCAAAGGGCUCCUAUGACCGUCUGCAACUGAAGAAUGCAGCUGAGAGACUGAGCAUUGGCCUCGAAACCCCAGGUGAUACAACACAACGCAUUGCUUACUAUCCCGUGCGUACUACUGUCGUCCGUAUCGGCAACCAAUUGAACCUCUUUCGCAUUCUCGCCGACAGCCCUGUUUCCCUCAGCAGCAUUGAGCUCGCCAAGAGAGUAGGUGCAGAUCAUGGUCUCCUUCAGCGAAUACUCCGCUACCUGGUGUCCAUGUAUGCGAUCGGCGAAGCGGGCAAAGAUCUCUACUUUGCAACGAAUAUCACGCGCAAUCUGACCGUCCCCGGCCUGGAGGCCGGUAUCAAACACACCUACGACACUGUUGGCCCCGCAGUCAUGGCCACACCUGCGUUUCUCGCAAGAACAAAUUAUCGAAAUCCCAGCGAUCCAAGAAAAUGCCCGUUCCAAGAUGCCUUCCCCACGACCGAAGCCUUGUUUGAAUGGUUUCCCAAACAUCCCGAAAAACUCGGAUACUUCAAUUCGUGGAUGACUGCCCAACGUGAUGGUCGUGCGAACUGGCUGGAUUUUUUCCCUUUUGAGCAACAAAUCGCUCGUGGAAUCACGAGCAGCGUCGAUGAUGAAGCUGUUCUGUUUGUUGACAUGGGCGGUGCUCGAGGACAUGAGAUCCAAGCCAUAAAGUCCCACUAUCCACAGCUUCCAGGAAAGGUCAUUCUUCAGGACCUCCCUGACACCAUCGCCCAGGCACUGCCCGUUCCAGGCCUAAUCGCGAUGGCACAUGAUUUCUUCACCGAGCAGACCGUGAAAGAAAUUCUUAGCCAAGUGGCAAAGGCGAUGAAACCCGGCUAUUCCAAAAUCUUGCUCAACGAGAUGGUCGUGCCUGAUCAGGGCGCUGAGAUUGUGGCAACCCAGGUGGACAUGAUCAUGAUGGCUACCCUAGCGGCUUGCGAACGUACUGAGAGUCAUUGGAGGAAAUUGAUAGAGGAGGCAGGAUUGAGGAUUGACAGAAUCUGGACGGAAACUUCCGAUGCCGAGAGUGUGAUUGAAGUCGUGCUAGAGUAA